AACAUACAUUCAUAAACCUCAUAAAAUGGCUGUUGAUUUAUUGCAUAUGCUUCAGCUACUGAAAUAAAUGGAUAUAUGUUAAUCUUCCAGGAGAAAUAAAAAAAAAAACAUAAUAAAUCGUGCGAGCGGCGCGUGAUGGCGGCCCGGCCGGCGGCGGGACACUGGGCGGCGGGAACAGCGGUGGUGGCGGCGGCGGGGCUUCAGGGUCUCUUGUAAUAUAUGCAUCCUAAAAUAUUCAAACGCGAAAAACUUAAAAAGUUUACACUUCAAACUUAAUUCCGCCGCCUUAAUCCAAGAGUCGGCCUAAAUCACAUUCUCAGAAUAAAGCAGCAGCCGCCCCUGGUCUUCACCCUCGCCUGUUCUAGAAUUAUCUCCACAAUUUAGGAAUCUAGGAGGCCCGUACACCUCUCGCUCCCAUAUUUACGUGUUCAAGUGGGCAUGAAGUCCGGGCUGGGCGCUGGCCUCAGCAAGUGACACCGCCGCCUCCUAUCCCACUCUGUCGUUGGGAUUAUGGCCAAAUGACUGUUCGAAAGACCGUCAAGAAUUUGGUGGCUUAUCACAAAUUUUCGUUAUGAACACCUCCCGCGCCGACCAGUGAGAGCAGCUCGUAUAAAUGGCUGCUCCCAGGAGGACCGCCCUCGCCCCGCUGCACCUUAUAAGUGAAAUAUUUACCGGCCGUCGCAGAAUUCUACAUCUCCUGAUAGACAGUGUCCAUUCCGUACAUGACGGGAAUACUGGACCAAUAGGCCUAUGGAAUUUUCCGGCCCUGUAUGCCUGCCUAUAGCGUCAGACGUGUGGACUGAAGCUCCGCCCAUUCCAAUAUGGCUUCCGCAGCGCGUCCAAACCGCAUUGAACCACACAGCUCUGGCACCAGCUUCCUCUUCGACCCCGCCCUCCCCAACACCGGUGAUUCCUUACCUAUGCCACGCAACACUAACUACACAGCAGAAAUCCCAUCCCUCAGGGCCCCACACGUCCCGUUCCCUCAUCAAGGAGUCACCUGAGGAGUCUCGUCGCGCCCCGCACCUGACCGGACUUUACAGAAGAUGUUGUCUCUCCGGACACUACACGGGACCUUUGAAAAAAAGUAACCGGGGCCAUGUAAGGUUCACUUGAAGUAAACUUUUAAACCUCGGGUAAUAAAACU